AUGCUUGACCUGUUCACUAUUCUCACCAAAGGUGGUUUUGUAUUAUGGCAAAAGACAUUUGCUCCCAUCAACGGGUCUCCCGUGGAAGAUUUGAUUCGAAAUGUGCUGAUUGAAGAACGCGCGGGUACAGAUUCUUAUUUCAAGGAAAACUAUGCUUUAAAGUGGACCUUUGCAAACGAACUUGACUUGGUGUUUGUGGUAGCCUACCAGAAGAUAUUACAGUUAAAUUACAUUGACGAGCUUUUGGAAACGGUGAAGCGUAUGUUUCUGGAAACCAACAAGGAUCUCAUUGCUCAAGGCCAGUUGGUGGAUGGUGAUUUCACUUCAUUUGGCCCUCUAUUCGAUCAACUCUUGCAACAAAUCGAAGAGAAAUACUCGUCUCAGCAUCGCCAACGUGCACCAAGAAAGUUUGAAAACACUAAAAAGUUUGAAAGUUCGUUAAAGGGAUCUCAAGCACAAAACAUGGGUGCACUCCCCGUGAUCAACACAAAUACAGUCGACGAGGAUGAGAUCACCAAGAAUAUCAAGGCUCUAAAAUUACAAGCUAGUCCCCGAGUAGGUGGUAGACCACGUAAGGGCAAAUCAAGUAAAUCAGCAUCAGCUGCUGCUUCACCAAGCAUGAAUGAUGAUACCACCACACAGAAAAAGAAGAAAUCACAAAAGCAAGCUCGUGUAUGGGAUGGUCAAAUUGCAAAGGGAGAAAUGGAAGCGCUUGAUUUCAGCAGCAACAAGAAAUCAAGUAACAACAAGGAGGAUGAGGAUGAGGAAGCCGAUGCUGAUGCUAUUGCAGCUCAAUUUGUGGAUGAAUCUAAACUCGGUCAAAAGAAUGAAAAGGGCAUCUACGAAGUACAGGAUGUGAUGCAAGAAGAGGAUGAAGAGUUGGAUUUUGAUGAGGAGGAGGAAGAAUUAGAAGAGAAGGUUCAAAAGGGCACGUCAUCUGGCCUGUUCUCUUACUUUAAAUCAUUCACGGGUCAACGAGAAAUGACGGCAGAGACUUUGGAUCCAGUGAUUGCCACCAUCAAGGAGCAUCUGAUUACACAAAACGUAGCUACACAUAUUGCUGAUCAUCUGUGUCAGAGUGUGAGAACCAGUUUAUUGGGAAAGAAGCUGGGUAGUUUCGAGAGAAUUUCAACCGCUGUCAGAAACAGUAUGGAGACUGCAUUGAAACGUAUUUUGACACCAAAAACAUCGCUGGAUAUCUUACGAGACAUUGAACAAGCGAAAUCCGAAAAGAGGCCAUACACCAUGUGCUUUAUCGGUGUGAAUGGUGUGGGUAAGUCUACCAAUCUGAGUAAAGUCUGCUUUUGGUUACUGCAAAACAAUUACAAGAUCUUGAUUGCUGCCUGUGACACUUUCCGUAGUGGUGCAGUAGAACAGCUGCGUGUGCAUGCUCGUAAUCUUCGUGCACUUCAAACCAGUGGCGGCGGUGUUGUGGAGUUAUUUGAACGUGGUUAUGGUAAAGAUUCCGCUGGUAUUGCCAAGGAUGCCAUCAACUAUGCCACUGUCAACAAUUUCGAUGUUGUACUGAUUGACACCGCCGGUCGCAUGCAAGACAAUGAACCCUUGAUGAGAGCUCUGUCCAAGUUGGUGUCUGUGAAUCAGCCCGACAAGAUUAUCUUUGUGGGUGAAGCUUUGGUGGGUAAUGAAGCUGUGGAUCAGCUUACUAAAUUCAACCAAGCCCUCAAAGAUUUCUCUGGCUUGCAAAAUCCUCGACACAUUGAUGGUAUGAUUCUAACCAAAUUCGAUACCAUUGAUGACAAGGUGGGUGCCGCUCUUUCCAUGACUUAUAUUACAGGCCAACCCAUCUACUUUGUUGGCACUGGUCAAACGUAUACCGAUCUCAAGAAUUUGAAGGUGUCGCAUGUUGUGCAUAGUCUGUUGAAAAAAUAA